AUGACGCACGUCUCCCUGCACCGCUGUCGUUUCGUCGACUACACCCCCCCGCAGAUCACCUCUAUCGCAUUUUCACACCCUUCAACCCCAUCCUCCGCGCACCCCCCGCCACCGACGCUCCGCGCCGCAAUCGGCCGCACAAACGGCUCCAUCGAGAUCUGGAACCCGCUCGGCAGCUGCUGGCACCACGAGAGCACGCUGCAGGGCGGCCAGGACCGCUCCAUCGAGGGCCUCACAUGGGUGCAGGACCACGAUGCCACCGCCGGAAAGGGCGCCCUGCGCCUGUUCAGCAUUGGGUACUCGUCUGUUGUGACGGAGUGGGAUCUGGCUGCGGGGCGGCCCAAGGCGCAUCUUGACUGCAACGGCGGCGUUAUUUGGAGCAUUGCUGCGCAGCCGCGCUGGGCUGGUGCCGGUGCGGGGGAAGAGGGCGGCGAGGAGGAGACCGCGCAGAAGAUUGUCGUGGGCACAGAGGAUGGGGCGUUGACGGUGGUGUCCACGGCUGGCGGAGAAAUGACGUAUGUGAGGGGUCUGAUGAGGGCUGGUACAUCGAAGUCGAGGGUGCUCUCGUUGGUCUGGAAGGACCGGUAUACGGUGGUUGCGGGGAUGGCGGACUCGACGAUCCGUGUGUGGGAUGUGAGGUCCGGAAGGUCUACAUCGAGGAUGUCGCUGAAUAAAGAGAAGGGCAGAGAGGUCCUGGUUUGGUCGGUGAAGGUAUUGCUGAAUGGGGAUAUUGUCUCGGGAGACUCGAGGGGUGAGGUCUGCUUCUGGGAUGGGAAGAACUACACCCUCCAGCAGAGAAUCAAGAGCCAUGAGGGAGACUGCCUAGCAGUUGAGGUUGGCGGAAUCAAUGGCGAUACGGUCAUCUCUGGCGGUGUCGACAUGCGUACCAUUGUCUACAAGCACAUUGGUGGUGCAAGACGGUGGGGACAGACCGCGAGGAGGAGAUUUCACAAGCACGAUGUGAGGGCAAUGGCUGCCUAUGAGUGUGGCAAGUUCAGUGCAAUCCUUUCUGGAGGUGUCGACAUGACCCCCAUCGUUAUCCCCUUACGCCAAUUCGGCGCAGAGCACCAGCUGGCUCUUCCUGCGAUCCCCCAGACACCAAUAAUUACCACAGUCCCGGAACACCGCUUGAUGAUGUCCUGGUGGGGACGGGAAAUCAAAGUUUGGCGUAUCGAAGAGCUCGAUGGAGACGAGAUGUACCCUCUCGCCGGUCAGGACGAGGAGCGCGGUAGAAAAUUAAUUAGUCGCAUUAUGCUUAGUAACGAAGAGAACCUCACAUCAGCGACAAUCACUCCUGUCCCCGAAAGCGAAGACUUCGUUCUCGCAAUCUCAACAAUUGCCGAAAUCAAGCUUUUCCACCUCAAGUCCAGCUCCUCCGAAGCUCUUCGAGUCCGGAAAAUCACAAUACCCACUACCCUAACCCUCGAAACCUCCGAAGAAGACGAUGAGUCCGACGACGAGCCCGACGAAAUCGAGCUCGCAAAAGAAGGCGCCAGGCUCAUCAAGUUCUCUCCAAACGGCAAAUCGCUUCUGGUAAUCACCCCCGACUCACGCAUUCUCACAGUAGUCCUCACCAUCUCCGGCGGUAAAUCACCCGUGUCAUUUGCUGGCAGCGUACACGAGCUCGCGCGACAAGACCGCCCAACCCCAGCAGUCAGCAAACAGCUCAUCCACAACUUCCAGCAGCGCUCCAAGAAGGGCAAGAAGCGCCGGGUUGAAGAAGGCUCCCUCCACCCCUACGACCGCACCAUCAACCGUGCCACCUUCUCAAGCAACAGCAGCAUCCUCGCCGUCGCCGACCUCAGCGGCUGGAUCGACACCUUUGUCCUCAAAUCCGGCGUGUGGUGUGCCAACGAAAACGGCAUCACACUCCCCAAGCUCAAAUCCGCCGCCGUAGCGAUGGAAUUCCGCCCCUACGUACCCCCCACCACACCCCCGCAGCUCACAAUUACCGAGAAGGGCGUCGAAUUCGAAGAGCUCCCCGAGUCCCAAACCCCAGACGACGAAGACCGCCUCCUCGUCGUCACCGCAAAAGACAACCACAUCCUCGAGUUCAACAUCCUCCAAGGCCGCCUCUCCGACUGGUCACGCCGAAACCCCUCCGAGCGCCUCCCGCACGACUUCAGGAUACAGAAAGACCGCGCCGCCGGCAUCGUCUGGGAGGUCUCAUCGCCAGGCAGCGACCUCCCCGCCGCAGAAGCAGCCGAGGAGGUCACAGGCCAGAAGCGGAAGCGCGACGCAAACGGCAGCAUCAAGGCGCCCAGCGAAUACGCCGCGAAGGGUGAGAGCGGAGCCGGUGACAAGGUCCUCCUCGGACAGUCCCGUGGUCUUGUCUUCUCUGCCCCCGCAAAGUCUGAGAAGUGUGUUAUCACCUCCGACGAUGAGGACGACAACGACACUGAAACGCCCUUCAAGCUCAUUCGCGAUAAGGAUGAGGACGAUGAGAAAGAGGAUGAGGACGAGAACCCGCUGAGCAAUGGCGAUAGCAAGAAGCUCUCAAAGCCGCAGCGGAAUAAGCCGUUCUGGAAAACAAACCGGUACAGAAAUCUCAUGGCCUUCCUGCCCGUCGGCAGGAAAGACGAGUUCACGUGGGGCCCAUCUGGAGAGCGCAUUGAAGCCAUGGAGAUGGUUGUGGUGGAGAGGCCCAGCUGGGAUAUGGAGAUGCCGCCGAGGUUUUACCAGGGGACUGCUUAG